AUGAAGCAUUCCGAUUUCCAACAAAAUUGGAGAUCACUUCAACCGCAUCUUCAUCGAAGCGGCCAAGAGGAUAAACGAGAUGGCGAAAUUGACUUUCUUGGAAUGCUUAACAGGUCGAGCAAGGAGAAGAAGACGAAGUUUGUAGAUAAUUUUGGUGGUAGCUUUGACAAGUCAUUAGGGUUCCAAGGAUUAGGGCUUUGCGGCGGCGGCGGCGGCGGAGUUCGAAUCGAGUAUAUUGCAGUUGGUGAUGAGCCGUUUCUUCAAAGUUAUGCCGACCAGUUUUAUCCUCAUGUCAUGGGAGCAGUCGCCAACAUUCAGGCAGCUAUAGUUAAAGUAAACUUGGAGAGCAGGAUAAAAGUAGUAGUUCCAUGCAGUCACGACGCAUUCCAGUCUGAAUCCGGUCUCCCUUCAAAAGGCCACUUCAGACCUGAACUGAAUAAAACAAUGAUCCAGCUCCUGACAUUUCUAACCACACAUAGGUCACCUUUCUUUGCGACCAUUUCCCCAUUUCUAAGUCUCCAUCAAAACAAGAACAUUUCUCUCGACUUUAGCCUCUUCAAGGAAUCUGCACAUCCGCAUAACGAUAGCCGUAGAACUUACAGAAACAGCUUUGAGAUGAGCUAUGAUACCUUAGUUUCAGCGUUAUCAAAGAUUGGGUUUUCCACGGUGGAUAUUGUUGUGGCACAGAUUGGGUGGCCUACUGAUGGAGCAGCCAUUGCUAACUCAUCAACAGCCGAAACAUUUAUGAAAGGCCUGAUGGAUUACCUCCGUAGCAGAUCGGGAACCCCCCUUAGGCGUCGGCGUCCACCACUCGAGACCUACAUCUUAGGCCUAUUAGAUGAAGAUCAGAGAAAUAUAUCCACUGGGCCAUUUGAGAGACACUGGGGAGUGUUUACUUUUGAUGGUCAAGCCAAGUACCACUUUAAUUUUGGUCAGGGCCCAAAGAACCUUGUGAAUGCCCAAAAUGUUGACUACCUUUCCCCUAAGUGGUGUGUUCUCAACAACAACAAAGAUUUAUCCAAUGCAAGCGCCAGCGUUUUAGAGGCAUGUUCUGUUGCUGACUGCACAGUGCUGGUUCCCGGUGCGUCUUGCUCACAUAUCGAUUGGCCUGGUAACAUUUCUUAUGCAUUCAAUAGCUACUAUCAGCAGAACGAUCAAAGAGCAGACAGUUGUAACUUUGGAGGGUUGGCCCUGAUCACGACCGUCGAUCCAUCAAACAGCGACUGCAGAUUUCCAGUUCAAAUUCGAACUUCCAAUUCAUAUUCACUCGAUACUUCCUUUCUUCUGAAGACUAUCUCAUUAUCAGCAAUCUUCUGGGUAUCUCAACUGAUUAAUCUCCAAUAGAACAAUGUGAAUACUCAGUCCAUUGUCUCACAAUUUCGAGUUCUCUGUUGGAGCCACAGGUGCCGUUUUGCUGGAUUCGAUUUGUUAUAUUGCGACCGGCCAUUAUCUUGAGACGGCUCUAAAUCUCCAGGUUUCUUGGCAUGCUUCCUUUCUCCAAUUUUCUCCAGUUCAAGUCGGAAAAAGUAAGCAUAUUCAUUUUCAUCUAACUCUGUUUCAUGUUUUGAGGUUAGAGACACUAACAUAUGAACCCUAUUGUUUGUUAUUGGCUAACAAAAACCAUUCACUCUUGUUCUUACAUUGCCUCAAAUUUCUCUGCUCUAACUUUGAUCAGGGAAAAUCUUGUUCUGAUCAUUCACAUUGAAUUUGGUGGGAAUUGAAAUAUCAGUUUGUUCAA